AUGCUCCCGGAGCCCAAGUAUGACCGCUUCCGCGACGAGCCGCUGACCGCCCCCAUGCCGUCGCCGGCCCCCGCGCCCGCCGCCGGCACCCCCGGGCCCUGCCCCGCGGCGGGCGAGGAGCCCGAGCCCGGCACCACCUUCUGCGCGCUGCUGCCGCGGAUGCCGCAGUGGAAGUUCCCCGGCCCCGCCGGCUUCCUCGGCCGCGGCCCCGCCGGCGCCGGCGCCGGCCGGGAGCUCUCCGCGCCGGCCCGGGCGGGCGGCGGCGCGGCGGCGGGGGCCCCCUCGGCGCUGGCCGCCGUGCUGGGCGCCUGCGAGCCGCUCUGCGCCGCGCCCUGCUCGGUGCCGGGCGGCGGGCGGCCGCGGGGGGCGGCGGGGGCGGCGGGGCGGGCGGCACGGGCGGAGGCGGCCCGGCCGGGCGGGGAGGAGUGGAGCCGCAAGGGCAGCUUCAUCCGCAAGCCGGCGCAGGGCUGGCUGCACCCCGACGAGCGGGUGCUGGGGCCCGGCGUCUCCUACAUCGUCCGGUACAUGGGGUGCAUCGAGGUGCUGCGCUCCAUGAGGUCCCUCGACUUCAACACCCGGACGCAGGUCACCAGGGAAGCCAUCAACAGACUGUACGAGGCGGUGCCAGGCGUGAAGGGCAUCUGGAAGAAGAAGGCUCCCAACAAAGCCCUCUCCUCCAUCCUGGGCAAGAGCAACCUCCGCUUCGCUGGCAUGAGCAUCGCUGUCAACAUCUCCAUUGAUGGGCUGAACCUCAUGAUCCCCACCACGCGCCAGAUCAUCGCCAACCACCACAUGCAAUCCAUCUCCUUCGCCUCCGGCGGGGACACGGACACCACAGACUACGUCGCCUACGUCGCCAAGGACCCCAUCAACCAGAGAGCCUGCCACAUCCUGGAAUGCUGCGAGGGGCUGGCGCAGAGCGUCAUCAGCACGGUGGGACAGGCCUUCGAGCUGCGCUUCAAGCAGUACCUGCACAGCCCCCCCAAGGUGGUGGUACCCCCAGACAGGGUGCUGGGUGCGGAGGAGUCGGCCUGGGGGGAGGACGAAGAGGCAGCCGAGCACGAUUACUACAACAGCAUCCCGGGGAAGGAGCCACCCCCGGGGGGGCUGAUCGACUCCCGGCUCCGGCAUGGCUCAAUCCUGGGCCACGUCCGCACUCAGCCCUCCGGCUCCGGCCCCCCCAGCCAGAGCGGGUUUGCAGCCAGGCGAGACCAGAGCAGCCAGCCCUGGGACCUGGAGAGCCAGGGCCAGCCCUGCGACGGGUACCUGCAGGCGGACGGCCAUGCCCUGGGGCCGCGGGACUACGAGGAGCACAUGUACGUGAACACGCAGAGCCUGGACGCCUGGGAGCCGGAGGCGGCGGCUCGUGGGGCGCCGGAGGAGAGCCCCAAAAAGGACCUCUUUGAUAUGAGGCCGUUCGAGGAUGCCCUGAAGCUCCACGAGUGCAUUGCGGGGGGCAGCACCAGCCCCCCCAUCGAGGACCAGUGGCCGAGCCCCCCCACGCGGAAGGCCCCCAUCGCCCCCACGGAGGAGCAGCUCAGGCGGGAGCCGUGGUACCACGGGAAGAUGAGCCGGCGGGACGCCGAGAGGCUCCUGCAGAUGGACGGGGACUUCCUGGUGCGGGAUAGCCUGACGAACCCGGGGCAGUACGUGCUGACCGGCAUGCACGGCGGGCAGCCCAAGCACCUGCUGCUGGUGGAUCCAGAGGGAGUGGUGAGGACCAAGGAUGUGCUGUUUGAGAGCAUCAGCCACCUCAUCAGCCACCACCGGCAGAACGAGCAGCCCAUCGUGGCCGCGGAGAGCGAGCUGCACCUCCGCCAGGUUGUCCGGAGGAAGCAGUGAUGCUGGGGGGAGUGGCUGCCAUGCGAGGCUCCCGGUGGCACCAAGCCCCCACAGCUCUCCCCAGGCUGGGGCCAGGACGAAGCUGCUGCAGGGAAGGCGCAGGGCGGGGGCAAGCUACCAGCACUGGCUUGCAAAGCCGGGGCUGCCGGGAGGAGAGGUGUCCCACGGCCCCCGGGGACCCCCCCCGGCCGGCUCGGGGCUUCGGCAGGUUUUUAUGGUAUACACGGCCCCUUCUCCAGCGUGUCUGGCGCUUGGUGCGGGUUUGUGGUUUGGAAUACGUUUCUAAUUAA